UGCCUUUUAUUUGCGUUCGCCAUGUCCUUGGCGAAGCGUCAACGAUUCAGCGGGCGGUGCGAGUCCAUUGGACCUGAUCAUUAUCAGGCGCUUGGAGUUGGCAGAACAGCGACCCAGAGGGAGAUCACUUUGGCCUACCAUCGGAGGGCGCUGGAAACGCAUCCGGACAGACUAAAUGGCAAGAAGGAGAACUUUCAGCCUGUAGCACUUGCUUACGAGGUGCUGAGUGAUCAAACAAAGCGCCAGGCUUACAACAUGAGCUUGGUGGGAAGCAGCAGCAGUGAUGGCACCAAACCCAAUCACAGCAGGCCUCACGGUGGAGAUGUGCAUUUGUUGGCAGACCAUCCCGAGGCGAUGAUCAGAAUUCUCCUCAGUGCAGAUCCGUCGGUUUGGGGGCGACUUUUGAAAGGGUUGAACUCCAUCCAGCGGCAGAGGCUUCUGGAUGGUUUGCAGUCUCUUGAAGCAAGUGGACGACGGCACCGUCAACCCAAAACUGUUGAAAAUGCUGCAGAGGCAUUCGGAGAUUGCGGUAGAUUAGCGUGCCUGUUUUUCAAGAAUUCGCGCAGCUUCGAAGCAAAAAUAACAUUGCAUGGCUUGGAGAUUUCGUCGCCCUACACAAUGUCCAAAGUGGUCGCGGUGUUUUACCACUCAAGCAUGGUAGAACUGAAACGACUCAUUGAGGUAUGCAUCAAAGAGAAACCAUACAUUUCCUUUGAAGAGGCAGUUCUGGGUUCAUGCAAAGCACUGGACAACGAAGGGCUCACGUGCCCCUUCAAGUUCCGCGUCCGCAUUGGCAGCGGUGGAAAGUAUCUCGUCGGCCCUCUUGUCAGCAACGUCAGUUUAGCCUUACGGAUGCGAAAAGAGUGCUUGGCAAGCGAACACAAUUUCACAAAACUGAAGCAGAAGUGGCGAAGCCAAGCUCAGAAUUCCGAGGAACGGGCUGUGCAGAUGAGGCCGAGACUUGUAUCUCGCUUGGUUGGGUUCCUUUUAGCCCAACAGGAUGCUGAGUCCUCUGCGCCAGUCGCUAGGGUGCGCAGGUGCUUGAAGCAGGGAGCUGACGUGGUUCUAAAGGUCCCAAUCCUGAAGAAAGUGUGUGACGCCUUGCAGCAACCAGCAUGGCAAUUGGAGCGGGAGCUGGCUUCCGGUGAUGGCCAGAAGGCGCUUAUGGAAUUCUUGGUUCAGAGGAAAAGUCUACGAGAUGUGCCGAAGAAUCCGAAGACCAAGUGGAUGGAGAUGCCACCUACUGCCUGGGAGCUAGUGCUGAGCUUCAAUGGCAUCACAGAUUUGGCGGCCGCUAUGAGCGUUGACAGGGCCCGAUGUCAGCAUGCUGGCACCAGCCUGCAGGCUCGAUGUGAUGGUAGGUUGAUUCUACUUCCAGAAGAUUUUGGGGAAUCAGAGCAGCCGGUUUUCCGAUUUCUGUGCUCAAAGUACAUGCAGCAAGUCCGAUGCAUCGACCUUCGUCAUAUGCCAGAAGACGUGACGAACGCAUCACUUCUAUGGGCAGUGAUGCGGCGCAAAGCGGACCUUGACAGAGUCAUUUUACAUCAUAGCACUCUACCCCCACCUUGUGAUCCGGCGCUACCAUUCUCGGUGGAGAUUUCCCUGCAGGAUUGAAUGCGUUGACAUGACGCCAGUUGCCUAGGCGGAACGUGUGCCAAUGUACUUGUGACACAUGAUGACACUUGCAUAGCUUCUUGAACGCAAAAAGCAAAGCAUAUCUCGUGCUUUGUCAGUCUACAGAUUGAUAGUUUAGCCUGGAACCGGUGUGGCCGUGUGCUGUUGUUGCAAAGAGCAGCGAAGGGCGGAAGGGAGUUGAUUGUGCUUCCUGUUUUGCAGUUCUGCCUUGAUCUUUAGUGCUUGCAGCUGCCUGGCGAAGCUGUUUGGCUGCCCAAACUUCCCCAUGAACAAAAAUGCAUGGGUUGACUGGGUUGACAUCAACCGGAAAGCCAGAAGAAAACCAGUUGCGAAGG